UGCCAGGCAGGAAUGUAAUCCUUUAAGGCCUCCUUGGAAUUUCCUGAACUUCACAGUUUUACCUGCUGCGGAGGGAGGAGUCCCAGCAGGUGAGCGCUUUAAAACCAGGGACGCAGCAGGCUGAGGAUGCAGAGAAGUUACCGAGAGGCGAGAAGAAGUCUUCAUCAUGGGGAACUGGUUUGUAAACAACUGGUUUUCAGCCACCAUAAUAUGUGUCUGGAUGGGCAUCAACAUCUUCCUCUUUGUCUGGUUUUACUUCUUGUAUGUGAUGGAUGAACAUUUUUUCUACACCCGUCACUUGCUGGGGUCUGCCCUGCCCUGGGCCCGAGCUCCUGCAGCCGUCCUGAACUUUAACUGCAUGCUGAUCCUCCUGCCAGUGUGCAGGAACCUGCUGUCUCUGCUCCGAGGCUCUUUUGUGCGCUGCAGCAGAACAAUGAGAAAACAACUGGACAAAAACUUGACUUUUCACAAGCUGGUGGCGUACAUGAUCGCCUUGAUGACAGCUGUUCAUACGGUCGCCCACUUGUUGAACGUGGAGUGGUUUAACAACAGCAGACAAGGUGUUUACGACAAUCUCAGCACGGCUCUGUCCAACCUGGAAGACGACCCCGACGAUAAAACCACCUUCCUGAAUCCAGUUCAAAUAACCGACAUUAAGCCGCAGCAAAUCCCCACCCACUUUGUCUUCACGUCCAUCGCUGGCCUCACAGGCGUCAUCAUCACUCUGGCUCUCAUCCUCAUCAUCACGUCAUCCAUGGAGGUCAUCAGACGCAGCUACUUCGAGGUCUUUUGGUACACUCAUCACCUCUUCGUCAUCUUCUUCGCUGGUCUCGUCAUUCAUGGAAUUGGAUACAUUGUGAGGAGGCAGACAAAACAGUCUUUUGAAGAACACAACCCGUUUUUUUGUCAGAACCGCACUGAGGAUUGGGGAAAUAUUCCAGAGUGUCCCAUCCCUCAGUUUGAAGGAGGACCAGCGCAGACUUGGUGGUAUGUGAUCGGCCCAAUGAUUAUUUAUCUAUGCGAGCGUUUGCUGCGCUUCAUUCGCUACAUGCAGAGUGUCCAGUACAGAAAGAUUGUGAUGCGACCGUCCAAAGUGUUGGAGCUGCAGCUGGUGAAGAAGAGCUUUAAAAUGGACGUGGGCCAGUACGUCUUCCUCAACUGCCCGGCCAUCUCUCAGCUCGAGUGGCACCCAUUCACCAUGACCUCUGCACCUGAGGAGGAUUUCUUCAGUGUCCACAUCCGCUCGGCCGGAGACUGGACGGACAAACUCCUCGACAUCAUGCAGAAGCUACCGGAGGGAGCCCAGGGACCCAAGAUGGGUGUUGAUGGACCUUUCGGGACAGCCAGCGAGGACGUGUUCGACUACGAGGUCAGCAUGCUGGUCGGCGCUGGCAUCGGUGUCACUCCCUUCGCCUCCAUCCUCAAGUCCAUCUGGUACAAGUUCAAAGACAACGAUCCAAAGCUACACACCAGAAAGAUCUACUUCUACUGGCUCUGCCGGGAAACCCACGCCUUUGAGUGGUUCGCUGACCUUCUGAAGGCGCUGGAGAAGGAGAUGGAGGAGCGAGGCAUGGGGGAUUUCCUCACCUACAAGUUGUUUCUGACCGGAUGGGAUCAAAAUCAUGCCAAUUAUGUAAUGGUUAACGUUGAUCGGGAAACAGAUGUGGUCACUGGGCUCAAACAGAAGACUCACUAUGGCCGACCCAACUGGGACAAGGAGUUUGAGGAAGUCCGCAAAGAGAACCCCACCUCUGUGGUGGGAACUUUCCUGUGCGGCCCUGAGGCCCUCGCUAAAGUUCUGGAGAAGAAAUGCGCCAAGUACUCGGACGUGGAUCCUCGCAAGACCAAGUUUUACUUCAACAAGGAGAACUUCUGAGCCAGAACAAAAGAACCACUGUUUUGGUUAGUGAGAAACUCCAUCUGGCAGACUGGAAGUGACUAUAAAGGUCCACACCAACCUGUGCUACAAGCUGGGUAGAUUUUACACCAUGAUCCACUGACAAAGAAACGAGAUACUUUUUGUUGACGUGACUCAGGGCUUGACUUUGUUGCAGUGAAUUAUGGCAGCUUACCACAAGCCAGCUCAAUUAAAGUUGUUCUGCAAUGUUUGAAUUUUACUGUUACCAUAAAGUCUGUAAAACUGUUUUAUAGUAUUACAAAAAACACAGCUGGUUGCACUUUUAGUAUAAAGCUGGAUUUAAUGUCCUUUAAUUUUUAUUUUAUUUUAAUUGAACAAACUAACAAAAUCCAAACAUAUGUAAGAAAAAAAUCUGAAGACACGAAGAAAUGUAAAAUAGUUUUCUAAGAUUUUCUGCCAACUAACUAAAAGUUCUGCAUAUCUUGCCUUUUAAAUCCUGUUUUCUUAAAGAAUAUGUGUGAGCGUGUGUGUGUUUGUGUAUGAGAAAGACAAAGCUGUAAAUAUUAAAAUAAAGUUUAAAAAUGUGUUACAAGAAA